AUGCUCUCACGUGUUGCUGCAGUGAAGGCACCCCGCACACACCACCGUCGCCGCGUGACCGGAUCCAGCGGAAGGAGGAGGGAAGGAAGAGAGAGUGAGCCGCAGAGACCCAACAUGUCUCGGCGUGUGUUUGCUUCCGCGGUGCCGCUCCUCCUCGUCGUGAUGAUGUGCUGCAGUGGAGCUACGACCGCUCAGGUGGAAAAGGCCACUGAAGCUUCAACUUCUGGGUCGGCAUUGACGGGUGCCAUUGCUGCAGAGGGGAGUGCUUCAGGGGAUGUUGAGGGGCUGCAACGGGUCGAUCUUUUUGUGCCGCAGACGACACAGGUGCUGCCGAGGAAGGGGACUGUUCCAGUUACGACGAGGGAUUCAUUUGUUUCACCCUCUCUCGUCAGCGCUGGUGGAGUAAUUGCUGCUUUUGCCGAGGGUCACAUAAAUGCCAAAUAUCAAGGUGCUCAAUUAACUAAGCCCCUUUCUUCUGAUGUUGUUGCGGAGUACAUCGACUCUGCGUGGGAAUGGCCCACUCUUGUUGAAAAGGUCAAAAAGGAAGAAUGGAGGGCACACACUGUGCUUGGUAAAGCGGAGGGGAAAGAGGGUUUUGAUGUUGUGCUCCGCCCCACAACAAUUACGAAGGGCGACAAGGUGUUUCUUCUUGCGGGAAGCACUGCCUUGUCCGAUGUAGAUGGGAGUUUGGAAGAGGGCAGCUUGGAACUAAAACUGGUAGUUGGUGAGGUCACGAAUGCCACGGGCGGCGAGCCGAGUAAACGGAUCAAAUGGGGCGAAGUUCAAUCGCCGGUGAAGCGGACUACUUUAGCUGCUCACAAAGGUAACUUGACGGAUUAUAUUGCUUCGGGUGGCUCAGGUGUUCUGAUGGAGGAUGGCACCAUUGUGUUUUCUCUGAUGGCGAUGAAUAGAGAAAGUGAAGUUGACGCUUACUCCAUGAUUAUUUACUCGACGAACAACGGCAGUAACUGGACGCUCUCUGAGGGCAUUUCCCCUGCGAAAUGCGGUGCACCCCGCAUCACCGAGUGGGAGGGAUCACUUCUCAUGAUUGUUGAUUGCGAGAAUGGCCAGAGUGUGUUCGAGUCGCGUGACAUGGGGAAAACGUGGACGGAGGCCAUCGGGACACUUCCAGGCGUGUGGGUCAACUCACAACCGGGAGACUAUCCGGACGAAGGCUUGCAUGUGGAUGCCCUCAUCACCGCGACCAUUGAGGGCAGGAAGGUCAUGCUGUACACACAGAGAGGACACGCCUCGGGGGAUAACGCCAAUACGCUCUACCUUUGGGUGACGGACAACAACCGCUUGUUUUCUGUUGGACCAGUUGGCAUGGGCAAUGCUGGGGAGAAGGAGUUCGCCGGCACCCUGCUGUACUCGGAUGGCAAGUUGCAUCUUUUACAACGGAUGGCCAGUGGUGAAGGCAGUGCCAUUUCACUUUCCCACUUGGCGGAGGAACUGAAUAAAAUCAAGUUCGUCCUGAAGACCUGGGCGCAAAAGGACGUUUUCUUCUCCGGGUUGUCUAUACCCACGGCGGGUCUGGUGGCAGUUUUUUCAAACGCAUCGGCCAACAAUGGCACGUGGAACGACGAGUAUCUUUGCCUGAAUGCGACGGUGAGGAACGCCACGAAGGUCAAAGAUGGGUUUCAGUUGACGGAGCCUGACUCCGGGGUAAUGUGGCCUGUGAACAUUCCGGAUUAUAAUAAGCGUCAUGUGUUUUUGAACCACAACUUUACACUUGUGGCGUCGGUGACAAUCGAAGAGGCCCCGAGUGGGAACACUCCUCUACUGAUUGCGGUGUUGGCGAACACUGAGCCCACGCAUACCAUGAGAAUCCUGUAUACCGCGGAUAACAAGUGGAUGACGAUGCUCAAGGACGAGAAAAAACCAACAACGGAAAGUGGCACUUGGGAGCCGAAGAAAGAACACCAAGUGGCACUCAUGCUACAAGGCAACAAGGCCUCUGUGUACGUUGAUGGUGAGUUGCUGGGGGAGGAAGAAGUGCCGUUAACAGGUGAGAAGCCACUUGAGCUUUUCGCGUUUUGCUUUGGCGCGUGCGGUGAGGAGAACCCCAGCCAAGAGUCCCAUGUGACGGUGACGAACGUCUUUCUUUACAAUCGCCCACUAAAUUCCACUGAGAGGACUGCAAUCCAGGAAAGGAAACCCAUUCCGACGAUCACUCCAGAACCACAAGUAAAAAUUGCUCCCAAACCUGUCGUACCUGCUGCACCUGUCGCACCUGCUGCACCUGUCGCACCUGCGGUGCCUGCUGUACCUGCUGGGAAUGAAGGGACGGCACGAGAAACGGGUGAUGGUGGGGCAAAUGGUGAUGCUGGUUCCGCGUACGGGAGGGUGCUGCUGCCGCUGCUGCUUCUGCUGGGACUGUGGGGCUUUGCGACUGCGUGA